AUGGCCAUUGAUUCCGCGACCGGCGGCGACGCGGCUGUGGAUCGCCCGGACGACUGGUCCGUCGCACAGGAAGCCCUGAUUCGCGUGCAUGCGAGAAUCGCCGACGCGGAUGGCGACAAUCGCGAGUUUCGCGGCAAGGACGGAGCAGAGGGUGGUGCUAGUAACGGAGCUGCUAAUAGCGGAGGAACCCCCGCUAGGCUGCUCGUGCCGAGCAGUCAGAUUGGGUGUCUUCUGGGGAAGGGCGGCUCGAUCAUCGCGGGCAUGCGGCAGGACAGCGGCGCGCAUAUUAGGAUCUUCAAUAAGGACAAACUGCCGCCCUGCGCGCUGCCGACGGACGAGUUAGUGCAGAGCUCAUCUCCAUCCGCCUCCGUCGCUCGCCUCCUCGCAAUUCUCGUCCCAAUCCUCGUCCAAUCCCGUGUUGCCACGUGGCAGGUGACGGGCGAGUAUCCCGUGGUUCAGAAGGCCCUAGAGCUCAUCUCCAUCCGCCUCAGACGCUCGCCCCCUCGCGACCCGCCCAACUUCCUCGCCAUGCACCCCACGUCUGGUUACCACCAGCCCGCUGGUUACCCCUCUCGCUCCGCCCCAGCCGCGGCCUUCCCCCUGCCGCACACCCCGCAAGGCUACUCCCCCUACGCUCCCCUCCAGAGCUACGCAGCUGCACCGUCCCCGUUCGGGGGAGUGUGGGGCGCGGGCGCAGCAGCAGGGGGAGCACACAGUUAUGGGGGGAUGGGGGGCGGGGGGAGGGGCGGGGGAGGCGCGGAGGGGGUUGCUGUGGAGAUGGAAUUGCGGGUGCUGUGCCCCUCGGAUAAAGUGGGGAUCGUUAUUGGCAAGGGCGGGUCGCGGAUCAAACAGAUCAAGGAGGAGACGGGCGCGCGAGUGAAGGUCACAGAGGCCGUUGCUGACUGUGAUGAGCGCAUCGUGAUCAUUGAUGCCAUGGAGGCGCCCUUCUCCGCCCACUCGCCCACUGAAGAGGCGUUGUUCCGCGUGCAUGCAGCCAUCUCACAACCCCACACAGGAGACAGGGGGGCAGGCGCAGGGGAGGAGGGCGGGAGAGACAGCCACGGGGUCACUGCACGGCUUCUCGUCCGGAAGGGGCAGGUGGGGUGUGUGAUGGGCAAGGGCGGCAGCAUCAUCAGCGAGCUAAGGAGCACGAGCAGGGCGCGCAUCAGCAUCCCUCCCAGGGACCAGCUGCCUAAAUGCGCGGAUGAGAGUGAUGAAGUGCUCGUGGUAUCAGGAGAGCCCCACAGUGUGUUUCACGCGCUGCGCCUCAUCUGUGCGCGCAUCCGAGGCAGGGAAACCGCCGUUGCCUCUAAAGGCGCUGCUGCUGGUGGUGCUCGUGGUGCUGCUGCUGCCGAUGCUCGUGCUGGUGCUGGUGGUGGGGGUGGUUAUGCGGAGACAGGGAGGGGAGGGGGGUAUGGGUAUCCUAAGUCGAACAGUCGAGGGGAUGGGGCGUAUGGGUAUUCAACACCAACGCCAGCAGCAGCAGCAGCAGCAGCAGCAGCAGCAGCGCCAGCAGUGGUGGCGACUCUCUCUGCUGGGGGACCUGAUGGCACUGUUGGGUGGUCUGCUGGUGCUGCUGGUGGGUCAGGGGGAGCAGCAGCAGGGGGAGUGAUGACGGCGCUGGUGACGGUGCCUGCGGUGGCAGCAGGGGCGGUUAUUGGCAAGGGGGGAUCCAACAUUCAACAGAUCAAAAGCGUAUGUGUUGGGGGGGAGUAA